GUGUGCUGAUGUAUCGGGACUACCCGCUGGAACUGUUCAUGGCCCAGUGCUAUGGGAAUAUUAGUGACCCAGGCAAGGGGCGCCAGAUGCCCGUUCACUAUGGCUGCAAGGAGCGCCACUUUGUCACCAUCUCCUCUCCACUGGCCACACAGAUCCCUCAAGCGGUGGGGGCAGCCUAUGCAGCCAAGCGGGCCAACGCCAACCGAGUUGUCAUCUGUUACUUUGGUGAGGGGGCAGCCAGUGAGGGGGACGCCCAUGCCGGCUUCAACUUUGCUGCCACCCUUGAGUGUCCUAUCAUCUUCUUCUGCCGGAACAAUGGCUAUGCCAUCUCCACACCCACCUCUGAGCAGUACCGGGGGGAUGGCAUUGCUGCACGAGGCCCUGGGUACGGAAUCAUGUCUAUCCGUGUGGAUGGCAACGAUGUAUUUGCUGUGUACAAUGCCACCAAGGAGGCCCGACGGCGGGCUGUGGCAGAGAACCAGCCCUUCCUCAUUGAGGCCAUGACCUACAGGAUUGGACACCACAGCACUAGUGAUGACAGCUCGGCCUAUCGCUCAGUGGAUGAGGUCAAUUACUGGGACAAGCAAGAUCACCCGAUCUCAAGGCUGAGGCACUACCUGCUUAGCCGAGGCUGGUGGGACGAGGAACAGGAGAGGGCCUGGAGGAAGCAGUCACGCAAGAAGGUGAUGGAGGCCUUUGAACAGGCUGAGCGGAAGCCAAAGCCUAACCCCAAUCUGCUCUUCUCAGACGUGUACCAGGAGAUGCCCGCCCAGCUCCGCAAGCAGCAGGAGUCCUUGGCCCGGCACCUGCAGACCUAUGGGGAGCACUACCCCCUGGACCACUUUGACAAGUGAGGCCCCAACUACCCCAAGAGGUAGUCCCACUCUGAGCAGGGUGCAUAGGGCUGAUAGGACACUCCCUGUUCUCCAGCCAGCUCCCCUAAAAUACACAGAGGGGAGGCACCUCACACAGUC